AAAAACUCCGGCUGUCGCUAUGCGUCGGCUGCGGUGGGCAGAUCCACGACCAGUACAUCCUGCGGGUGGCGCCCGAUCUGGAGUGGCACGCCGCCUGCCUCAAGUGCCAGGAGUGCCGCCAGUUCCUCGACGAGUCCUGCACCUGCUUCGUGAGGGACGGCAAGACGUAUUGCAAGAGGGACUACACUAGGUUAUUUGGCACAAAAUGCGAUAAGUGCGGCGCGUCGUUUAGCAAGAACGACUUCGUGAUGCGCGCCAAGACGAAGAUCUACCACAUCGACUGCUUCCGAUGCUGCGCGUGCGCGAGGCAGCUUAUACCUGGUGACGAGUUCGCGUUAAGAGAAGGAGGUGCUUUAUAUUGUAGAGAAGACCACGAUGUAUUAGAAAAGAGCGCGAACACGAGCGGUUCCAGUGCGAACCCUGAGAGCAAUAACAACACAACCCUCAACAAUAACAACUCGCAUCACCCGCACGAGCUUGGCUCCAUGUCAGACUCGGGCAGCGAGUCGGGCUCGCACAAGAGCGGGCGCGCGCGCACGUCUGCCGCCGCCGAUGGGAAGCCAACGCGAGUGCGGACUGUGCUGAACGAGAAACAGCUGCAUACGCUCAGCGACUCCGAGAAGUCGAGCGCCCGCGACGGCAAAUCCACGCGCGUGCGCACCGUGCUAACCGAAAAACAACUGAGAACGCUGGGAACUUGCUACGCAGCGAAUCCUAGACCAGAUGCUUUGAUGAAGGAACAGCUAGUAGAAAUGACCGGCUUAAGCCCGAGAGUCAUCAGAGUUUGGUUCCAGAACAAACGCUGUAAGGACAAAAAGAAGACGCUGCAAUUGAAAAUGCAAAUGCAGCAGGAGAAGGUGAUGAUAGAUUCUGAAGGCCGCCGUCUAGGCUACAUGUCGAUGGGCGUGCCGCUGGUGGCUGGCUCCCCUGUGCGACACGAGGCCGCCGCGCUUCCGCUCGAGGUGACGGCGUACCAGCCACCGUGGAAGGCGCUGUCUGACUUCGCUUUACACGCCGAUCUUGACCGGGCACCUCAUCAUAGCGCUGCAUUUCAGCAGCUUGUAAAUCAGAUGCAUGGCUAUGAUAUGCCUUCGCUCCCUCCACCACGACCACCGCACUGUGGAGAAGACAACUACGUAACGUACCUCGAGAGCGAUGACAGCCUUCCUCCUUCCCCCUAGUGUCGUCUCACCUAACCGCCUCCGAAAGAGCGAGACAGGGGAACCAACCUUCUCGUGCGCCACUUGGAAAUGGAAUAUAACUUGUUGUUGAAUGACUAAUUCGGAGACGGAUGAAAAAAAGCACUAAGUGAACUCGAAUAAUCCACUCUACUGUCAUGUUUAGUUGAAAAAAA